UGCGUCUAAUCUCCUUUAUUGGAAAAAUUGGUGCAGUUAGCAGGCAAAGUUUUAGCUGAUAACUUAACCCACCACUAUAUAUAUGUAAGAAAGAGAUGCAUUAAGGGCACAUCGAAUCUGGUGUCUGUUCCCAGAAUGACAGAGAAUGAAAUCAUUGAAGCAUCAAAAAGAAAGCACAUCAGGCAACCACCAUUUGUCCCAUUUUUAUGGGAGGAAAGGCCAGGAAUUGCUAAAAAGGACUGGAAACCUGUGGUUUCUUCAGUUACUACCUUAGCUCUGCCACCUCCAGUCAAGCUUAUUGCCUCUGUUCCCUUCAACUGGGAGGAAAAGCCUGGAAAGCCACUACCCUGUUUCUCACAGCCACCAAUGGAAUCACCACCAGCAACUCUCAAUCGUUUACCAUCCCCUCCCAUGUACUAUCAGAGAUGUGAUGACUGCGAGUUCAAUAACGAGAACCGUGCUGGCCAUGACAAUUAUGGGGAGAAAGAAGAAGGAAUAUUUGACUUGGACAUUGAAUCAUUCAGCUUUGAAACUGAUGAUUCACUUAGUUCAGCACCUUCUCUCUUAGCAAAUUGCUUGGUGUCAUCAGUAGCAGUUUCUGAUGCUGUUCCAGUUGAUCACUUAGAAACCCCUUCCUCGCCUGCUUCAGACACUGACAGCAGCACGAGCAGCUACGCAACUGGAAUUUCAAGCCUUACAGGGGCUUCUUUAUUAGAAUGUCUUUUUCCAUUAUAUGCACCCGAUUCUGGUUUCCUUGAGACAGUUGCACACUCCACAAAGGGCUCCCUCAUUGCAACAGAGGUACAAAACUGCAAUUCUAAUCGUGCAAGUGACAAUAUUGUCACAACAAAAAGGACACCGACACUUGGAGAAUUGAUAAUGAUGAGUAGGAGGAGGAGUUGCCAAAGGAAAGCUAUUCAAAUGGGAAAUCGGAAUCUGCCAAUGGAAUUUAUGAAUUCAAAAUCUUUCGGCUGCUGCAUCUUUGGAACUGGUAUCACAAUGAUUGAAUGGUGGCAGAGGAAGAGGCACCAUGCAAGACUUAAACUGAUAUAGGUUGGGCUUGUAGUUCAGAAAUCACUCUGCAAUUACCUUUCUCCAUGAACCUUAUAUACCAGUUUGUUUUAGCUUUCACUUCCAUUUAUACAAUAUCCACAACGUAAGCACUUUACAGUUCCCAGAAUGUACCCACAUGUUCAACAGUACUAGAAUGCCAAGAAAUCUGAAUUUGAAGUUUCGCCAA